ACUUGGAAUAGAUCGACGCCAAGAGUGAUGAAAAACAAUUACGGAAUAAUGAAAGUAUUAGCUGCUGUUUUAUUGUGCAUUCUGGUUGUCGGCGAGGCUCGUGCUCAGUAUUCUGGAUGUCGAAACCCCAAUCAACGGACUGGACUUUGUGUCCAUAUCUCCUUGUGUCCGACCCUUAAUUCCGUUUUGGAGAAGAGCAGCCUGACCGAUUCGGAGAAGCUAUUCGUCCAGCAAUCCCGUUGCGGAAAUAGGAAGAAUAACCAGAUCUUUGUCUGCUGUACUAGAGAUAAAGAUUUUGACAGAACUGUUCCUAUUUGGGAUGGCAAUACCAAUUUUGUUAGCAGGCCUCCUCCCAUUUUAGAUAACGAACCUUCUAAUUUGCUUCCUGAUCAAGAUUCUUGUGGAGGUGAUAUCGUCAGCCCCAAAGUCCUGAAUGGAGAAGAAGCGGUACCCAGUGAGUUUGCCUGGAUGGUAUUGUUGGAGUAUCGUCCCCUAAAUGGAGGUCAACUGCAAACGAAUUGUUCGGGAUCUCUGAUCAAUCGCCGAUACGUUUUAACAGCAGCUCACUGCCUCACUGGAUAUCAUGUGAGAUACAUCGGGACACUUGUAUCUGUGAGAUUGGGAGAGCAUGAUACACGUACCGCUGAGGAUUGCCAAGAAAGAAAGUGCUAUUCAGAGGUUGUACAAAUGGGAAUUGAAGAGAUCCAUUAUCACGAAAACUAUAUCGACGGAGACAAUUACUUGAACGAUAUUGGUUUGCUCCGUUUGGAGCAUAAGGUUUCCUAUUCGCCAACAAUUCGACCUAUCUGUCUGCCGUCGACUGUGGGCAGAGUGUGGAUGCAAGCCGGUCAGAAGUUGACCGUGGCAGGAUGGGGUCGCACUAUGCAAGGCAACAGUAGUUUCACGAAGCAGAAAGUCCAGCUCGACUUGUGGGAUAACGAUCUGUGCAAUCGUCGAUACCUAAGUAGAUACACUACCGUGGAACUUAGUCAGAUUUGCGCCGGCGGAAAGAAGGACAUUGACAGCUGUGAAGGGGAUUCCGGCGGACCACUGAUGUUAUUCCAUCGAGGUGUUUGGGUCCUGCAGGGAAUUGUGUCCUUUGGGUACCUUUGUGGUGCGGAGAAUUGGCCGGGUGUCUACACAAGAGUUUCUUCUUACGACGCCUGGAUCAAGGAGAAAAUGAGGCCUUAG